CUCUCUUAUUUUAUCAUGUCUAAGAAAUUACAUGACUAUUACUAUACAUACACCUCCCCUUCUUCUUCAGCUGUUCCCUCUGCACCUCCUGAAGAAGCGGGAUCGAGCUCCCUCCCUUCCUAUGACGACGCGAUUAAGCCUUAUGACUUAAAUUCUCAGGAACCUCCUGCAAAACGACCCCUCGCAGGAUUUGUCCGAGAUGCCACGAUCAUUUCAUUCGAUCCUCCUAGUUCAGACGAUCCGGGAGAAGGCAAUUCUUCUACAGAUCCAUUGUUAGCUAAUGAAGAAGAAAAUCCUUAUCGAGGUCGCCCUCCGCCCCCAAACUACUCCAUCUAUCAUGCACCAUUCUACAGAACAACUGAAGAGGUUAUCUCUCGUGACGAUCAUCUUAAUCGGGACGGCGAAGCAUUAUUACAGUUCUUAAAUGAACACAAUACUGUGCCUGGAAUGGCUGUUCAUUUUUAUGGCUAUCAUGAAGAAACUCAUUGGAGACGUAGAACUACUCGAGAUUCAGAUGGCAAUAUCACAGAAGAAAGUGAGCCAGUAACCCAACGAGUGGAUGAUUUUACAUUUGAUGUGGAUUGCAGUCAAGACAUCAUUCCAAUCUGUCAAGGAAUCUAUGUUUUGCCUGAUAAGAAGACAGGUCUUGUCAAGGCUGUUCGUGCACUUUGCGAUGAAUAUGUCCAUGAAAAAAACAAAUUAAAGGAACUUCAGUUAACAAAAGUAGUUAACUGGAAUUAUCCUGAACUCACUAAAGCAUUUACAGCAGCUAUACGUGCACAUGGAUAUACUAGCACAGUCGAGAUAUCUUACAGGAUGAAAAGCCACAAGGUCAUUGUCAAGACAAGCUCAUGGAUCUCACGAACGUCUGACAAUAGGGUCGUUCAAGUUCUUCUUUUCAUUUCUUGUUUGUGGAUAAUCGUCUGGCCAAUAAUUUGGUUUUGUAAAAAGAAAUUUGGACAUACUACUCUCAAGAGCGAAUGGAUUAUGUCUGUAUCAGAACGUGAUUGGUACCAGCGGCACAUACAUGAAGUUCUUGGACAAGUGCGCAAAGAAAAUGCCUACAAUGUACCAUUCAUUCUAUAGUUUAAAGUAUUUUGUGUGUGUGUGUAUGUCUCUUCAAAAUAAAUAAUAUCCGACUGUUCAAUUACAGU